AUUGGGCUUCCUCCAAUACUAGCUGUUUGUUAGUCCAGCCUUGGCUGGGAAGAUGUGGAUUUGGCCAGCGGAAGAGGGCGUGGAUUGGCCAAUCUGAGGGCAGCGCAUAAAAUGACCUCUGGAACUGCUCAGCACAGCAUGUCCACAGGGAGAAGAGAGAGAUCUAGACAGAAAAUCCUGACUGGAUUAGCUACGGCACUGGUCAAGACUCCAGUUCCUUCGCCCAUCUGAGCUACACAGGUCUGUAUUGUGCUGAGCUGUAAAUGUUUGCAUGAUUGCCUGCUGGCAAGCCCCAGAAAACAUGCUGGGAUUUACCUCCAAGUCAACAUGCCUAGAUUUCCACUGCAGGCCUUUUUCUGCAUCAUCCUAUUAUAAGGUAGCAUAGCAAUGUAUCAUUUUACCUGUUUAGUAUAAGUCUGCUAUGUGCUAGUUGUUGUAUAGGGAAUAUAGGAUAGAGAUGGUCCCAGAUGGGAAAGUGUACCCUUCCCAGGCAGGGAAGGGGAUUUUGACCAUAAGUAGCAGGGAUGGGAUAUGGGGAAACCUGCAGAAGCAGAGAUGGGACCUGGGUCGACUCUGUUAUCUUUCCCAAAUGUAGUCUGAAGGCACCUGGGGCCAUUGUUGGGCUGACACUGGAUCUGGCCAGAGCCCGGAAGUUUACUGCAGAGUCGCGUCGUAUGGCAGAAUUAUCAUUAACAUUAUCAUUAUCAUUAUCAUUAUCAUUAUCAUUAUCAUUAUCAUUAUUUAUAUCCCGCCCAUCUGGCUGGGUUUCCCCAGCUGCUCUGGGCAGCUUACAGUGUAUAUAAAAACAUAGUAAAACGUCAAACAUUAAAAACUUCAGGGCUACCUGAAGGUAGAGAUAUACAUGUAAGAAAAUAAUCUGGAGGAAAACUCCUCUGCCUAUCCCCCAGAAAAUAAGUUUAAGAAGAUUGUCCAUAAGUUAUAGCACACUUUUGCUGGUGGGGGCGAUCUGGGAAGGUUUCCCCGCUCUCCACAAGGGGAAAGAAGGAAGCAGUUUGGAAGACUGGAAGAUUAUGACAGGCAUUUGAAAAGUUUCUACAACUGGUUAAUGUUAGCGACUGUGGUACAGUCUCUGCUGCUUCUCCACGAAAAUGUCAAAGAAUAGAUUUCUAUUCCUAUGACGUAGAACAUUUAUUAUAGGCUAGCAGCCUCAUACCUGGCAUUGCUCAGGAAUUCUGAGACACCGAAAAACAACAACCCCAAAAGAAAAAAAACCAGCUCUGUUGUGAAAGGUUCAGCCCACGACCUUGAUUCAAAUUGGCAUCCACUUGUCUCCAAAGAGAGGCAAAAACCUGCUCCUUGAUCUCAAUAGCCAAUGUGCAAAAUUCAGUGAUGAUACUUUAAGAAGUGUCCAGAUGCAGAACAAACAAACAACUUCCUCGAACUUUCCAAAAUAUAUAGCAGAUGGAGAAUGUGUUUUUAUUGACUAUUGCAAGUUCAUUGACAACCAGUAAUGAAAGGUCAUUGGCAAUCAGCUCGGUGCCUGAGAACAGAAAAAAGCAGAAAGACACUGAAAACGGCAAGGCAAGUAAGAAGCAGAUGGAGGGCUUUGUGAAAGGAGCAGCGGUUAAAUUAAAAAUAAUAGCAAAUGCAUUUUUAAUGGUCGUAUGAAUCAGCCCCAACUAAGGAAGGUCAUGCAUUGCCUCCAUAUACAUGGUAUCUAGCUGUUUUAGAAUAAUAGAACUGUAGAGCUGGAAGGGACCCCGAUGGUCAUCUAGUCCAGCCCCUGCAAUGCAGGAAUCUCAACUAAAGCAUCACUGACAGAUGGCCACCCAAUCUCUGCUUUAAAAACCUCCAAGGAGGGAGAGUUCACCACCUUCCGAGGGAGUGGUAGUUUGAUUUAACAACCAUGAAAGCUGGUAUUACUCAUAGUAGCAUCCCUAUAGACUAGAGCUGGGGAAACUGUGGCCCUCCAAGAGUCUUUGGACUCCAUGUCCUAUCAGCCUCAGCCAGACUGGUCAAUGGUCAGGCCCCCAGCUGGCUCCAGCCCACCGGCCAGUUGCCGGCCGAACUCCAGUCCUUGGUUCUGCAUCAAAACUGUGACUCAGAGCUUCAGAAGCCUUUCAGAAGCUGAGCACACAAGCCAGCAGAGUAAACAAAUUUCGCAACAGAAAGGCAGAUAGAGGCAUAUGUAAAGCGUAUUUACAAGCAGUUUAUUCAGCAUACAUCAGGACAAAGGAAAAAACAUGUCUUCCCCCUUUCGUGUCCGAGCAAGAAGCAUAAGCAAAAGCUAUACACAACGGAAGUUCCCAGCAAGCUGUGCUGGAAGGUAAACAUGCAUGUGACACACAACAAGCAUGCCUGUUCCUUUUAAGGUGGAACGGAAUGUUCUGACAUCCUCCCCCUUUCCGUGUAACCUGUUUCACCUGUGGUUCAACCCAAUUGCAACUGCUGUACAUAAACCUUAAGUUGUUCUCUGUUAACAACCUUAGACAACAGAUCUGCAGGAAUUUCGUUUCCUGGCAUGUAGGACACCUGAAUGAGUCCUUUCUGAACACACUCUCUUGCACGAUGUAACUUAAUCUGCAAGUAUUUGGUUCUUUGCUUGCAACUCUCUGAGUUCAGCAAAGCCAAACACAGACUUUCACCCGCUAACCCUGCCUCCUGGGCUGUCCUUUGGCUCAUUUCAGGAGGGUUUCUUACCCGUCCACCCUGUCUCCAUUUGCCAUGUCGCUGAUGGGAAUCCUGGGCACCAUCUCGGCUGCAGAAGCCCUCAUCGCCAUUGCUGUUUUCUGCCUGAUCUUCAUCGCUAUCAAAUCCCUCCGGACGCAGGUGCCACAGGGCCUAAAGAGUCUCCCAGGGCCAUGGGGCUACCCAUUCAUUGGCAACAUGUUGGAUCUGGGGCAGAACCCCCACUUGAGUCUGACGCAAAUGAGCCAGAAGUACGGAGAUGUGAUGAAGAUCCAUAUUGGCAUGAGGCCAGUGGUAGUGCUAAGUGGCCUUGAGACCAUCAAGCAGGCCUUGGUGAGGCAAGGAGGAGACUUCAUGGGCCGCCCUGACCUGUUCAGCUCCCGCUUCGUGUCAGGAGGCAACAGCCUGGUUUUCGGCACAGACUCUGGGGAGGUGUGGCAGAUGCGCCGGAAACUGGCCCAGAGUGCCCUCAAAAGCUUCGCUGCUUCCCCCAGCCCUGACUCCUCCUCCACCUGCCUAUUGGAAGAGCACGUCUCCAAAGAGGCCACCUACCUGGUGAUGAAACUGCAGCAGGUGAUGCUGGAGAAGAAGAGCCUCGACCCUUACCGGUACCUGGUGGUCUCUGUGGCCAACGUCAUCAGUGCCAUUUGCUUUGGCAAGCGCUACAGACAUGAAGAUGAGGAGCUGCUCAGCAUAGUGAAUGUGAGCGAGGACUUUGGGGAGUUUGCAUCCUCCGGCAACCCGGCUGACUACAUCCCUGCCCUCCAGUACCUCCCAAGCAACAACAUACAGAAGUUUAAGGCCAUCAACCAACGCUUCACUACCUUCCUGCAGAAGAUCGUCCAAGAGCACUAUGAGAGCUUCAGCAAGGUAAGGGAUGCAGGGAACUGCUUCAUGCCAGGUUGGGCUAUAAGUCCUUCAGGCUCACCAUUGUCCAUUCUGACUGGCAGCAGUGGUUCUCCAUGGUUCCAGGCAGGAAAUAUUUCCAGCCCUUCCCUGCAAUGCCAGUGGGGACUGAACCGGAGAUCUUCUACCACUGAGCUAUGACUCUUCCCUAUAUAAUGGACUAAGGCAGGCAUAGGCAAACUCAGCCCUCCAGAUGUUUUGGGACUACAACUCCCAUCAUCCCUGACAGACUGGUCCUGCUAGUCCCAAAACAUCUGGAGGGCCGAGUUUGCCUAUGCCUGAAAUAAGGACUUCCCAGAUAGGCCAUGAAAUGUCAUGCCCUCCAUGUUACUUUUCUUCCACCUUCUGGUUGCAUUUCAUCUUGUACGGGAUGGCCACCACAUGUUUGGUUGUUGUUAAAAAACAAAACCAGAGUCAACACUAGAAAAACUGCGAUGAAAUUUCAUUUUAAGAGUGCAUGCCCAUUAAAAUCCAAUGAAAAUGCAUGCUUUAACAAAUACAGGCUGUCCUUGCUGUCAAAUCACAAGAGCAGCACCAGGAAAAAAGCUGGGAAGUCAAGAACUGGCUUCUAACCACCAUAAUUGUGAACUGAGUCUCUAUUCCUUCCCAGGACAACAUCCGGGACAUCACAGACUCCCUCAUCGACCAAAGCCAAGAAAACGCAAAGCUCCAACUCUCAUCUGAAAAAGUAGUGACCCUCGUCAAUGACCUAUUUGGGGCAGGUAAGGAGGUUUCGAGAAAAUAUCUGAAGGGCUUCCCCAUGGAAGAUGGAGCAAGCUCGUUUCUUGUGCUCCAGAGGGAGGUUCAGAACCAAUGGAUUCUAAUGACAUGAAAGGAGGUUCCAACUAAACAUUCAGAAGAUCUUUCUGAUGAUAAGACCCAUUGAACAGGUUUCCUUUGAAGGUUGCAUGACCCUCUGUCAGGGAUUCUUGAGCUGUGAUGAAUUGGUUUCCCAGUACCAAGUACAGUGGUACCUCGGGUUACAGACGCUUCAGGUUACAGACUCCGCUAACCCAGAAAUAGUACCUCGGGUUAAGAACUUUGCUUCAGGAUGAGAACAGAAAUCGCAUGCCAGCAGCAGGAGGCCCUAUUAGCUAAAGUGGUACCUCAGGUUAAGAACAGUUUCAGGUUAAGAACGGACCUCCAGAAGGAAUUAAGUUCUUAACCUGAGGUACCACUGUAAUUGUAAGGUAGCUCCCCAAUUCUCUUUGGUCUGUCUUGAAUCUCCCCACAGUCUGGUUCUUUGGAUGAACCUGAGCUCUGGUAUUAUGAACAUCUGGGAGACGUACAGAUAUGUGUCCCCAUUCUCAACAGCAUGUCUAAUUAUAUACACACUCACUCAGAUGGAAACUAUUGAGACUUGGAUACUAUUUAAUUGAUGCAGACUAAAAUUAUAUUCACCUUUAAAAAAGGAGGUUAACUUUUUUAAAAAGAGGCUUUUGGGUUGUCGUUUUGUUUUAAAAAACACUGCUCUGUUUCCCCCCCAGGGUUUGACACAGUGACCACAGCCUUGUCCUGGUGCCUCAUGUAUCUUACUGUCUAUCCAGAAAUCCAAAAGAAGAUUCAGGAAGAAAUAGGUAAAACUUUGUUUAUAAUAAUUCACACGUCUCUUUGGCAGACUGGAUCCCAGUUUCUUUCUCUCCUCUUUAACCUGGAUGGCUUUAAAAGACAAAUUCAUGGAGGAAAGGACUCUCAGUGGCUGCUAGCUGCAAUGGCUGCCUCCACAGACAGAGCCAGCAAUACUUCUGAAUACCAGUUGUUGGAAACCAGAGGAGGGGGGAAGGCUCCUGUGCUGGAGUCCUGCUUGCUGGUUUCGCAGAAUGGGCAUCUGGUUGGGCCCUGAGAGAACAGGAGGCUGGACUAGAUGGGCCACUGGCCUGAUCCAGUGGAGUCUUCUGAUGUUCUUAUGCUUAACCUGUAGAUGAGAGCAUUGGCCGAGAGCGCAAGCCCCGGCUGUCGGACCGUCCCCAGAUGCCUUACACUGAAGCCUUCAUCCUGGAGGUGUUCAGGCACUCCUCCUUCCUGCCCUUCACAAUCCCUCACUGGUAAGUCCUGAGCCUUCCAAAGAGACAAGCAAACUGUGGCAUUUGUGUGACAUCAUACUGGGUUCAUAGGGAAAGGGGUAGCUAAUUGUAAAAUGACUAACCAACGGGAACCCAGGGGGAGGAGUUAACUGUGUAUAAGGUUUAAGCACAGAGGGUUUUUAGUGAGUUAGAGUUGUUCAGAAGACAGUCUGGAGUUAGAAGAGACAGAGAAGAUAAGCCUGUGGGUUGGGCUAGUCUGGUGGGAGAGAGUGAGAGAAUUUGUUAAGAGGAGUCAGUCAAACAGUUGAGAUAAUCAGUCAGAAGGUACAGGCCGGUAAAGAAACUAAAGUUAAGAUACUGACAGGAAUAUUACCUGAGAAACCAUAAACUUGUUAAUGUUUGUAAAAUGAACUUGUGUUUUUUUGGUUCACUUUUAACAACUGACUGGACUCAGUGUUUUACCAGAGAGUAAUGGGUUGGUGGCAGUGGGGAAGUGAGCACAGUGGUGGCACAGGGAUCAAUAGGCCAUUAAACGUCCAGGGACCCUGUGUGAUCGCCACACAAACCCAUCCCAAUUCCCCAGCUCAUGUCCAUGAGGGGCCUCACCCUCAGCCUGUGCCUUCCUUGUGUCUACAUGGGGUGGGCCAUCUGGUAUGGAAUUAGCAGCAUUUUCAGGGUUUUCACCUUUCAAAAAUGAAGAAAACUCCAGGUCUUCAUGAUCAGGGAGAGAAAUGUCUGAGAUAGGGUUACCAGACAUCCCCAUUUCCCAGGGACAGUUCCAGGAUUUGCGAAUAAGUCCCGGACAAAUUCCAUCCCCGGAAUGUCCCCGGAUUUCAUCUGAUGUCCCUGGGAAAUGCAGCAGCUGCAGUCUCAGCAGCCCAGAGCAGUUGGCUCUGUCUGGCUUCAGGAGCUGCUCGGAAGUCCCCAUAUGAUGGUGGUGCAGGGGGCCUAAGAUGCAGCUUUUGGGCUGCCUCCACCCUCCCUGACUCCAGCAACUAAGCUGUGAAGGGAGGCUUCAUGCUGCCUAUUGGAGCAGCCUCCCAACUCCUACUUGCGUGCAUCAGGAGGGGGCAGGGAUCUCUCAGCUGUGAAGCGAGGCUUCACGCUGCCUAUCAGAGCUUGCGUGCAAGCAGGAGGGGACACGGAUCUCUCUUAGAGAGCCAGUGUGGUGUGGUGGUUAAGAGCGGUAGUCUCGUAAUCUGGGGAACCGGGUUUGCUUCCCCGCUCCUCCACAUGCAGCUGCUGGGUGACCUUGGGCUAGUCACACUUCUUUGAAGUCUCUCAGCUCCACUCACCUCACAGAGUGUUUGUUGUGGGAGAGGAAGGGAAAGGAGAAUGUUAGCCGCUUUGAGACUCCUUAAAGGGAGUGAAAGGCGGGAUAUCAAAUCCAAACUCCUCUUCUUCUUCUUCUUCUUCUUCUUCUUCUUCUUCUUCUUCAGUUAGGCAAUGGGAAGCCUUCCUUCCCAGCUGAGGGAUCCCCGCCCCCUCCUGCUUGCAUGCAAGUAGGAAUGGGAUUGGGGAAAGGAGGCAUCGCGCUGCCUGAAAGAUCCCUGCCCCCUGCCUGCCUUCCAUGCCUGACCCACCGCACACCGCUUCCCCACCACCACCACCGAAGAACCAACAACUCAGGGGCUGCCCAGGCUCAUGGAGAAAGGAGAAAGGAGCCUCGGAGGAAGGGGAAACAUGGUGGUUGAGGUCAAGGCGGUGGCUGCCCCUCUGCCACCGCUAUCGCUGCAGCAUCAAUGUCCCGAACAUUCAUUCAUUCAUUCAUUCAUUCAUUCAUUCAUUUAAAGUGUCCCCGGAUUUACUGAAAAAAACCUGUAACCUUAGUCUGAGACUGAUCAAUCUUUAAGGACAAUGCAUGGCAACCUAGGAUGAUUGGGGUGGCUUCCUUCUUGUUUUGUCUUUACGGGUGCCUAAUAUGACUUGACCUUGGCCACUGCAGCAGGGGGCAGGGGUUUUUUCAGUGGGGGCAGAUUUGUGCCUUCUGGGGACCAAGCGGAUGGGAUCAGAGGGGAAAUGGGCAGGGUCGGAGAAGACCAAAACUGAAACUGCCCUAUUAAUCUCCAUCCCUUUCCCCAUUGCAUGGCAUUCAUUUCCUUCCUACAGCCUCCCAAAUUCCAUCUGAUAUUCCUUCCACUCUUCCAUCCCUUCAGGUGCUUUGUGGGGUUUUCCCAAUGAAUACAUUUAUUUCCCAUUUCAGUACAACCAAAGACACUGUUUUGAAUGGCUACUACAUCCCAAGGGACCUCUGUGUCUUUGUCAACCAGUGGCAAGUCAACCAUGAUGAGUAAGUGUAUCUCAGCCCUUGGGAAGACAUGUUCCCCACACCUUGUGCAUGCUCACUGUACCCAUCAGUCAUGUUCCUUAGCACUCAUUUAAGCAGGGAUGGGGUAUUGGGUGCUCUCUAGAUACUGUUGUGCUCCAGCUCCCGUAAGUCCCAGCAUGUGUAACCAGUGGUCAGAGAUGAUGUGAGUUGGAGUCCAACGACAUCUGGAGGGCUGCAGGUUCCCCAUCCCUGAUUUUAAGUGUGAAUAUGUUACAGACAUACUGGUAUAGGUUCUGGGUGCCAGAGUUCGUGAGUGCAACUCACCCAAAAUUCUUGGAUUCAUUAAAAGUUAGAAUUGAUCAAAGUUUGGCUAAACUGUGCCAAAGAUGGAAAUCCCUGGGCUUAGUUUAUGUUUACAAGCCAGACCAGCUCACUGAAGGAGGGUCAUUAGGAGGACAGAAGAAGAUGAUGGCCAGUUAUUAACCCUCAAGGAAAGCCAUCAACAAGGCAAAACACUCUCUGCUGAGACCAUACCAGAGAUGGGAGAGGAAGCAUCCAGGAUUGAAGUGGGAGAUGAGCUAAGCGAAAAAGAAAAAAGGGUCGAUUUUGCAAGCUGGAGGGGGUGGGGCAAAGCACAAGACGGUCUGUCUGUUUUAUCCUGCAGAGAGGGUCACACAUGAUGUUUGGGGUCUCUUGGAAUCUGAGGCUGCAGCCGUGGGCGAAACAAGGCCCUCUUGAGAUGUGACUGCUCUGCAGUCUCACCACCCAGGGGCAGGUUGUAUAUAUGUGUAAAUGAAACCAUAUACCCUAAAGACGCCACAGUCUCCUCUGUGCCUCAUUUCCAAGGGGUUCUCAGACCCUGGGUAAGCCUGGACCCCCGAAAUCUCACACUGCUGUGGAGAUGAGGCAGUGUGUAAGAGAAUGUAUCUUCAACAGCGAACCAGCUUUGGAUUCACCAUUAUGCCUUUUUGAACAGACAUCACAACCUUCCUCAAAAUGUUGAGUUCAAGGGCAGCUGCUUCUCCCUGUUUCCAGUCUAGAAGAGAGAGUCCUAGUUAGCUGCUCCCUCUGGCAGUCGUGAAGCUAGUCCCUGGCCCAAGGAAUGUUAUUUAUUAUUAUUAUUAACAACAACAACAACAACAAGAAGUAGCUUUUUAAAACAAAAAAUAAGGCUUCUGUUGUACUCCAGGUAUUGCUGAAUUCAAUGUCCAUUUAGUCCCAGCCAACAUAGCUAAUGGUCAAGGGUAAGGUGAGGGCACCACAUUGGCCACAUCAGAUCAGUGGCGUAGUGGAGUUUGCUGGCACCCGGGCGCGGAAGUUGAACAAAGUCUGCUGUACCAGCCCAGCCCUCACCACCAGAUAGAAGUGGGGCUGAGCCGUGCUGCCUGCCUGCCUACGUACAGCGGAGCCCAGCCAGUCAACACAGCCCUUGGCAGGUGAAUCCCCCCAGUGCCUGCGGAGAGGAGUGCCAGGCUACACUGGAGUCAUCUCUUGCCUGCCUCCUUCCACCUGUAGCUGCUUGCCAUCGGAGUGAGGGGCCCAGGGACUUGGCGGCAUGGCCUGGCUAGGCUCUGGGGCCCAGAGACCCCCCAGUGGUAGGCAGGGCAGGAUGAGGAUCCCUGGGGGGGGCACCCCCUCAAAAGUGUGUGCCCGGGGCCAUAUCACCCUGCCCUGCCACGCCACACCCCAGUUCAGAGAAAUAGUAAAUAGAUGCACAUGAGAUUAGGGAUUGAUGAAUUGGUCAAUUUUAGUUUCUUUCAGUUAUAUUCUUUUUAAAAUCUUCUUUUAAAAAAUGUCCUCAUGAAAAUAAUUCAACAAAUUUCUCCUUGUAGACACAUAUCUGUAUGAAAUCUUGCCUGACCUACACAUUUUUGCUGAACACUCCUGAUAUAAUGCAUGCAUAUAUCAUUCUCACCAAUAUAUGCAUUCCCAGGCAUGUUUUACCCCAGUUUAAGCAUUUUUCUACUUGGCCAGAGAACUGUGUUACAAAAUUCCGGAAAGUGUGAGUUUAAAGGAUGGCUGUGUUUCAGCUAGUGUAUUGUUUCAGAGUGUCCUUAUGCAAACUGAAUCAAUAUUUUUCUCUCAUCUCUGCUUGAGGCAAGGAGUUUGCAUGCUCUUUCUUUCAUUCAUUCAUUCAUUCAUUCAUUCAUUCAUUCAAAAAAUGCUCCUUUUUCCAGAACCCUUUGGGAAUCCCCUUCCUCCUUUAAGCCAGAGCGAUUCCUGACUGCCAACGGGAAGGGCAUCAACCGGGAUGAGAGCGAGAAGGUCCUGGCCUUUGGCCUGGGGAAGAGGAGGUGCAUUGGAGAGCCUCUUGCCCGGUGGCAGGUCUUCCUCUUCCUAGCCACUUUGCUCCAGCAACUGCAGUUCAGUAUCCCGGACGGGGUGAAGGUGGACAUGACCCCUCGCUAUGGCCUCUCCAUGAAGCACAAGCGAUGCGAGCACUUCCAAGUAAAACAGCGCUUCCCACAGAGUAGCCAUGAGUGAGCGGCAAAGACACAACUCCGUGUAAGGGGUGGGGAGGAACACAUCUAUGUGUGCAUUAGGGUGGUUCAUAGCAAACUUCUUUUUUUUUUGAAAAUGUCUGCUCCAAAAGUCUUAUCGUACUACACUAGGGAUAUCUGAAAUUUUAUGCCUAUCAGUCAAUGUAUUGACCCUCCUCCACGAAAAUAGCUGUUUAUUUGGCCGUUUUCCUAUGUCGUGAAGGCUGAAAUUUCAAUUCAGCAGAGCAGGGUCAAGACAUAAACUGAUAUGCAUGAAAUUUCAGAUAUACUGCAGCUAUAUAAUCCCUAGUGUAGUAAGAUAAGACCUUUGGAGCAGGCAUUUUAAAAAAAAGGUUUUUUAUGAACCGCCCUAGUGUUCAUGCCUGUGCAGAGGCAUCUUGCAUCUAUUACUUAAAAAAAAAGCAAGCAAAGAUUAAUUAUGCUGGGGGAAAUGCACUGAAAUGUUCAUUUCAGGAGAAAUUCACACAAGAAUGUUGGUGAGUUUUCACAAGGAAUUAAAGGUAUAUCUAAUCGCAAACUGAUUUACUUAUUUUAUUUUAUUUAUUAAAUUUAUAUACUACCCUUCACCUGAUGAUCACAGGGCGGUUCACAAUAUAAUGUUGAAAUAGGAAGAAUGGAAAUUCAGGUUGGAAAUUAAGAAACGCAGAGAAACUUAAAUGGACAGGCCUACCCAUCCCUACCCCUGGCGUAGAUCAUAACUUCCCAUUGUACUGAACAAACAGACAUAUUGUCUGUCCAACACACCCAUUAUAAGCAGCAAUCCGAUGUGCACUUACUUGGGAGUAAGAAAAGUUGACUUCUGUGAGUUCCAAUGCAAAAUGGCCUGGUUUUGCAACUCCAGUAGCUGCUGUGUAGAUCAAAAUUCAUUUUUUUCCUUUGAAUAUUGUGCUUUUUUGCGACUGAGGUCUCAGCUUGGAAGAUGUAACAAAGAGCAUUACAAAAUAUAUAUUUUAGACUGAAGUACUUUAGAAACAAUGUGUAUGUUUCCAUAAAAUAGAUAAUUAAAUAUAGAGUGUGUGAGUUUCUCCAUCCCUGAGCCAAAAAAUUUUUGAAGCAUUUAUUUUUUAACUAAGAGGAGACAAAAAUCACGUCUUGUCCAACACACUGCUUGAUGCAGGAAAUCCAGAAAAAGAGCAUUGCCACCAAACUGUCUCCCAGCCUCCUGCAGAGUGAGAUUUCCCAAGCUGAACCAACAGCGCCACAGUCUGCCCCAUUGCAAGCAUUGCAAGCUGUCUGGGCUCAGAGCCAAAUGACUCAUCACGGUGCAAAUUAAACAUUUCUUAAACGAAAACAAACACGUGUCUACCCCAACCCACUCCCUUCCUCAGCUUGCUCCCUUCUGGAAGACACAGCCCUUUGCUAGGUCAACCAAGUAAUCAGAGGGCACUAAUAUGGUGCAAAAUAAUAGAGAGUGAAAACAAAAGAGUAGGGUUGCUUGUUUUUUUUUACCAGGGCUGGGAAAUAAGACUGGGAAGAUCCAGAGAGGAAACUUCUUCCUGCAUGCAAAGUUUGGAGAAGACCUCUGGGUGAGGACCACCAAACCAGUCUUUCCCACCAGCCUUUGCACACAGAUUGUCCCAAAGAGACAUAAGCUUCAGGAUGCAGUGCAGGGGAAGGCGGAGGGAGGGAUAAAUGAGGAGGCCACUCACUCUCAGUAUUGUUUCUGGAGAGCGUGCAAAUGGUCCACAGAGUCCCAGAGGGCAGGCGGUAUCUUGAGGAUAUGAAACAUCAUAUUUGGUUCUGCAUGAGCAUCACUGUGGUGAAACACACUGAUUAGUGUCUCACAGGUGUGUCUCAGCAGUACAUACAAAUUUAGGGUUAAGAGGAAGGAAGGAAGGAAGGAAGGCUGGAAGGAAGGCCUAGGCUGGGACUCACCUGUGCAUGGCCUCACCUGUGCAGGUAACAAAAGCAUAGGACUUGCCACUAUCUCUCUCUCUCUGACUAUAUUCAUCGAAGAAGCAACAUCUGCUUAGCCUAAGAUGUUCUCUUGGCUUCCAACCAAGAGAGAACAAAGGGUCUAUCUCUAUGGGAUAGAUUCCAGGUAUAUUACUUUUGUAACUUAAGUCUGCCUUCUGG